AAAAUAAUCAAAUCAGAUAACAUUUACCAUGGCAGAGCCUACUCUAUGUGUAUUAGUUGAUAUCGAAAUCUUGUCCGGUUCGCAUACGCGUCGUGUUUGCAAACAUCGACCGUCGUCAGCAUUCGUCUCCUCUUGUUCCUUUGUUACAAAUUUACACGUCACAAAAAGAGAAGUUUUAUUUCGAUUCGGACGUGGUGAUUUGAUAUUGGCUUGCAAAAGGAUACAAACGUCCAAUACUACUGGAUCAGGAGGGAACCCAAACAGAAAGAAUUUCGUCAUUUUCGACACAAGUCAGUGAAUGUAAGGUUCUCUCAAAAUUUUCGUCUGAGAACUAUCAGAUAUGGAAGAGUCUCCGAUAGCAGCAAACGACCAAGUGCAAUCGACAAACCCGACUUCCUCUGAAAGCGGAUCCAUCACAUCCAGCGUAGAAGAUCUCCAGAGCUGGUCGCUUUUAACCGACUCCGAACAGCAAAGUGAAGACCAUCUAAAUACAAUAAACAGGGUGAAACGAGAAUCUAGUGAGAACAGCCUGAAUUCUCAAGAUAGCUGUUCAUCGGACAGUAUCAGUGUUAUCAGCGAGAGCGAGGAAGCACUUCCACAUACUCGCCUACUGAAUACACAUUUUGUCCCUGAAGAGGAUGUGAAGAACAAAGAAGAUGCAGAUCAAGUGCCGGCCAAGGAUGAAACAUCACAGUUACCCCGAAAAAUGAUCACCUGGACAACUCCUCUAGUACUUGGUGUGGUUUUGGCAACGAACGCCGCUAUUUUAUACGGUCACUCACGAAUGUAUCACAACCUAGUAGGCGAACUAAAAAUCGUACACGAAGCUCGAAUCGCGGAUCUAAUGAACAAUACAGCCAAGAACUUGGAGCGUAUUUCUGAGUUAGAGUUGGAGAACAGCAAACUAAGAAAUCAGAUAGAAUGCCUGAAAUGCGCUGAUACGCCAACCGAACUGGGCGAACAAAUCUAUCAGAGCGUAGUCAAAAUGUUGACAUCACAAGUUAAGAAUAAAGUCACUCGAACUCUUCUGAAACCAGAAAUAGCUGAUGAUGAACAUAUAUUAAAUCUAGGUGGUCCACCGCCCGAUGAUUACACAAAUCCAAAUUCGCAAGACGAAAUCUUUUCCGAAGAUAGCAAAGUUGAACAAGAUAAUAUUCCAAAACCUGACAAUCUGAAAAUGCCAUUCCCAUCGCAGGGUGAUGUCAAAAAGUUCCGAGCACUCCCAUCCUACUGCUACAACAGCUUCGCAGUCCAAGAUGCACUCUUCUCAGAGGAAUGUAAUUUUGAUCAAACCAAACAGAUUGAUAGAGAUCCCCAUCCCGGUGAUGCAUUUUUAAAGGACGAUGCUCCUCCUCUGAAGGGUAACCUGAAGCGACUGCCCAUAUUCUGCUACAACAAAUAUGCAACCCAGGAUGCUCUGUACUCCGCGGAUUGCGACUAUGGGGAGAUUAAACCCGAGCCGAAACACCGCAGGUCGAUGCAUUUUAAAAAGCUAUCGAUGAAGACUAGUCACCGUGGAAAGCAUGGACAUAAUCGCCGAAGCUUGCCGGUGGAUUCUAAGCAACAGCUACCGAAAAGAGGACAUUAAUAUACGAAGAAAGGCGAGUUUCAUUAGUGUUGUGGUAUGAGUUACAUAGUUUGAAAUAAUCGCAUAUUUUAUCCUACUAUACAAAUAAUCUCCCAGUGCAAUAAAACGAUCAAAUUUUCUAA